CACCGCCGCCGCCGCUUCCGCCGCCGCCGCUUCGGCUGCCACUGCCACCGCAUCCGUUGUCACCAUGUUCCAGGGGCGAGAGAACGAGGGCGGCAAGCCAAGUUCCAGGGUAAUGAAACCCCCUGGAGGAGACUCAAGCAAUCUCUUUGGAACUCCAGAAGAAGUUAUUCCUUCAAGUAGACCAAAUAGAAUGGCAUCUAAUAUCUUUGGAGCAUCCAAGGAACCUCAGAAUACACCCAAAAGGUCAAAUCCUCCAGGAGGCAAAGGAAGUGGUAUCUUUGAAGAGCCUACUCCUGUGCAGGCUCGAUAUCGUUUGAAUCCCCCUGGUGGGAAGACCAGUGACAUCUUUGGGUCUCCAGUCACCAUUACUGCGCCCUUAGCACACCCAAACAAGCCCAAGGAUCAUAUUGUCUUAUGUGAAGGUGAGGACACAAAAUUGCAACUCAAAGCUACAGAGAAUACACAAUCUUCAAGAGAAGAACAUGAUGAGAAAUGUGACAAAGGAAAAGAAGAACGAGCAAAGGAAACUGAGUCCAAACUCAAGAUUGACAAUCACGAGCCCAGGUUAGGCCCCAGGCCUCGCUCACACAACAAAGUCCUCAACCCACCAGGUGGCAAAUCCAGCAUCUCUUUCUACUAAAGGAAACUAAUACCAGCAUCUUCAGACUAGGAACUCUUCUGUUAGGGUGUCAAGGUUUAUAGUUUCUAAUUACUACAAGUUAGGAUGGGGCAGGAAGGGGAGGGGUUGAUGAUUUAUGUGUGAAGAUUUUCAUGUAGCUCGUUGUUCAAACUUGUCUUCUAGAAACAGCUAGAGCUACACAGGACCAGGGGACACAGAGCCUUUUAGAGAAUAGAGAAAACAAAUCUUAUGGGAGCAAUAAGAAAUUCCCCAGUUUUGCAUCCAAGAAUUAGUUCCAAAUAUGAGGAAGUCUUUGAUGAAGUAAAAGAAAGUGGGGAAAGAGUAGGAUCUUCAUGGGUACCAGGAACAUCUGUGUUUUGGUGGGCAAAUGUACAUCUAGGGAUGGUCCUUCAGCAGUAGCCAUUGACAGUGUCACUAGGGGACUAAAAACUCAUAUGAAUGAUGUGUUGGACAGCUGCUAGAGGAUGCUCCCCCUAUCUUGUCUGGUAAAGGGAUACAACCUGUGUUUCAGAAGGAUAAUAGAUUCAUUUAGCUCACAGAGUCCUUACGUUAUAAAGUGAUGAUACAGGACCUUUACCUUUUCUGGGAGCACUACUAAUAUUUGAGAAAACAGGUGUCAAAUCUGUGUCCUUUUAAGUUUGCAUCCAUGACGCAUUGUUCUACAGACAUCCUGUAGGCUUUUUGACCUUUUCCCCACAAAAGCCAGGAAAAGACUCACUAAGCUGCAACUUGAAAGGGAUAUUGGACUUGAUUUGAACUCUUGCAAGUGCUUAUCAGUCAAGCCAAUUUUCCUUUUCCCUUGUUUGUAGAUCUAUUCUUAAUGGCAUAUUUUUGAACCCACAUCUUCCAGGGGCAUCCGUACCUUCUGUCAGCUAGAAGCCCUUAGCCUGAUCUUAGAUCAAAAGGCCUGCCUUACAUGAGAGAGUAAGUUGGAUCUCUUAUUUACUGGUUUUUAAAGUGAAUAGUUUCUCCCUGCCAUUCUCAUAAGCCUUAAAUGCCUUUGACUGCCUCUGCAGUUCACCAGUGGUGUGAACAUUCUACUUUCACAAACCACAGUUCUUUUCUAAAGGUGGGGGAGUGGGGCCUUUCGGUCUUUCGUAAAGGCCUUAUUAACCUAUCCAAUUUCUUUCCGAUAUUUUGGUUAUUCAGAUUUUUCUAAGACUUUUUUUUACUGUAAUCAGUUGAUGGAAGAGUAGAGAAAAUCACUGAAAACCUUUACUUCUUCAAAAUAAACAUUUUGGACAAUAUUUAAAGAGCCUUUUUUAAUACUUUUCAAAUAUCAGCCUCACAAACUGCUGAUGACUUUGAACCAUUUAUGACACCUUAAUUACAAAGGUACACUAAAGAGUAAUUUAUUACAAAGGUACACUAAAGAGUAAGCAGAAAAUUCCCUUGUAUGAGUGAUUACUCAUUUUGGGGAAUCUCUGCAAUCUUUUGCCCAGUAAAAAUAGAAAUGUUAGAUAUGGAAAUUAACUCGAUCUACUAUCAUUGGAUAAAACAGGAGUUUUUCAAGUGGAGAUAAUAGACUGCAAUUUUCUUGAAGCUAUUCUAAUCACAUUUAACUAUAGAAUCAUGUCCCUUUGAUCCAUUUAGGGAAAAUGUUCCUCAGUCAGGUUAAAUGACACUAUAUUUUACAAUUCCAUGUCUCUUGCAUUUUGGAACAUCUGUUACUACCAUGCAAGUAGAGCAGAUGAAGUUUCAUGGUUUUAUGAUGGAUAUCUAUAAGGUGAGCACCAAAUUCUGGAAAUAUUGUUCUACUUAGAAUAUUUAGCAAACUGACACCUUGUAUUAAUAUGUACCCUUUGUCCUCAAUAUUUAAGUGCCUGUAGGAAAUUGCUGUUAAACACUCUUUAUUUGGCAAAUUAAGGGGAACUGGCACAUGGGAUUUGUUAGCCAAAGAUUUUACCUCUUGAGGAUUCCCUCAUGAUUUUGGAGAUUGCUUUAUAGCCAAGAUAAGGUUGCUGUUUCCUGUGAGCCAGUACAGAUAAUACCCGGUUUAAAUAAUGGGCAGUGUUUUAGGAUUUCAGAAGUCAGUUAUUUGAAAUGAUAUCAUUUUUAUGUAGAAACAAUGUUGUACAUGGUGAUUAAAUUCUUAGGCUAGAUAACAGAAGGCUGUUUAACCCAGAAUGUUGCUAAAACUAUGGAAACCAAUCACCAUUUAUAACAGUGUGUCUAUGGGAAAACACAUUUUAGGUGCUAGCUUAUGGUGGCAAAAACAUACCUCAUUAAGCCAUAUCCCUGGCAAUGAUAAUUCCCUUUUUCCACCUGAAUUCUGAAGCUCUAAGCCACUAGUGGUAACUCCUAGAACAAGAAUUCAGGUAGAAUGGGGUGGUGAGCAACAAGGGUGAAGUAUCCAGCGAGGAGGACAAGAAGUGUUCUAAAUAGCAGCCGAAGGAUAAUGUUUUCCCUCCCCUUUUAACUUUUUUUUUCCCCUUGUUUCCUGAUGUAUCUUUUUGCUGUGGACCCUGAAACUGGGGGUAGAGGGGCUCUGGAAGGGUGGGGAAUGAAAGGAGCCCACAAGAAUGAGAUUGGCUAGCAGGAAGAAGUAUUAAUGCAUCUGUGCUCAUUUGUAUGUAAAGGAGGUACAUAUGUCUGGCAUUUGUGUGUUGAACUACCUGUAUUUGGAAGAUCCAAAGACUCUUAGCAUCCUACUCUCAGUCUCUUCUAAAAUGCAUUAAGAAAUUAAUUGUCCUUGUAUUUUUUUUUAUUAUGCCUUAAAACUUGUUUUUUAAAUGCAGUUGAUGCCAACAUUUUCUCUAGAACUACUUAUAUUUUACAGUGUAAUUUUGAUGGGGCAUUUUCUUACUUUUGCAGGGCAGAAAUGGGAAUAACAGUUACAUUUAACCUGGCAGUCAUGUAGUCAAAAUCUGUUUUUGUGUUUUCCUUGCCAGACCUUUCUUCAAAAUUCCUGAAUUCAAACCUUUUUUUUUUUUUUUGUUCUGAUAAAAUGGAGGUUGACAUUUUUAGCUCACUAGGGGGUGUAUAUUUUUCUCUCAAAGGGAAUUGUUCAUUUUCACUUUUUCCCACAAACUGUACAUUUAUUAAACACCUUAACUUUUGAGUAGAAUGAG